AUGGAAACAAUUAAAUGUAUCAUUGAGGAUUUAAAUGGUGAUUACUUUUCCAUCGUAGUUGAUGAAUCUCGUGAUGUAUCGUGUAAGGAGCAAAUGGCUAUUGUUUUGUGCUAUGUUGACAGAAGGGGAAGUGUGAUGGAGAGGUUUAUUGGUAUUGUUCAUGUUCGUGAUACUGCUGCUUCAUCCCUAAAGAAUGAAAUCACGGGUUUACUUGCUCGACAUUCUUUAAGUCCAUUUCAUAUACGUGGACAAUGUUAUGAUGGAGCAAGCAAUAUGCAAGGAUAUAUAAAUGGACUUAAAAUCUUGAUGCAACGAGAAAGUAAAGGUGCUUAUUCAAUUCAUUAUUUUGUUCAUCAACUUCAAUUAACUCUUGUUGCAAUUUCUAGAAGAUGUGAUGAAGUGCAAGAACUCUUAUUAUUAGUUUUCGAUAUACUGAAUAUGGUAGGAGCUUUUUUCAAGCGCAGAGAUGAACUUCGUGAGUCUCAAGUAGAAGAAAUUGGAGAAACAUUACGUAAAAGUGAGCUAGAAACCGGUAGGGUCUUGACUCAAGAACUAGGACUUGCUAGAGCUGGUGAUACUCGAUGGGGUUCUCACUACAAAUCCUUUAACAAUUUUAUUCUUAUGUUUGGCCGUAUCAUGGAUGUACUUGAUGCUAUUGUUGUUAAUGCGCGUUUUGAAGAAAAGUGUAUGGCAAAGGGGCAUGUUUAA